GUGAGGAUCUGGCCGUGAACCCCACAGAGGAGAAAGGGGAGUUCUUGGAUCAGGAUCCACCAACCUUUGGCUGGGACUCCAUUCUAGAAAAUUUGGAAAUCGUGGCCCGGAUGGAGAAGCAGCUUCCUGCACAAAGAGCCAAUCGACUAAGGAGAAAUAAAAUUGGUCGGCAGUGAGGGUCAUCCCUGGCCUUGACUCAGAGGGGUAACAAGUGACCUCUUGAUCGUAACUUUAAAGAGGAUAAACGAUUAUGACCAAAUGUUUACUUGCAAGACAACUGGCAACAGAUAGUAGAAAUUCAGCCUAAGGAAGCAGGUGCCACAAAGCAUGGAGCGUGAGAAAAUCUGGAAUCUCCCAUCAGAUACAAACAACACUCCGAAAAACUAUCAAAGAACCCAUGAAUGCUCCGAGUGUGGGAAAUCCUUUGCUCUCCACUCCCUCCUUUUGACCCACAGGAAGGUCCAUGUGGGAAGUGGAUCCAGAGAAGGAUUGGAAGGUGAGAAAUCCUUCUCUGGAAAGGAUGCCAAAGUUGGCAGAGUAAAACCCUAUAAAUGUGAGGAAUGUGACUUAUGCUUUGGGCGAAAAUUAGGCCUUCUUACACAUCAAAGAAUCCACACUGGAGAGAAACCUUAUCAGUGUCUGGAAUGUGGGAUUUUUUUCCGUGAAAAAUCCACACUCAGAAACCACGAGAGAAUCCACACGGGGGAGAAACCUUACAAGUGUUGGGAGUGUGGGAAAAGCUUUUCUCAGAAAGCUCAUCUUUGGAUCCAUGAGAAGAUUCAUACAGGAAUAAAGUCUUACAAAUGCUUGGAGUGUGGAAAAUGUUUCACCCGGAGUUCAGGUCUUCGGAGUCAUUGGAAAACACACACAGGGGAGAAAAACGAAAAGUGCCUCGAAUGUGGCAAAUGUUUUACCCUGAAAGGAAACCUAGUGCGACAUCAGAGAUAUCACACUGGAGAGAGACUCUUUGAAUGCCCAGAAUGUGAGAAACAAUUUGUAAAUUCUUCUCAACUUCAGAGACACCAGAAAGGGCACAAAAAGGAGAAACCCUAUGAAUGUAGGGACUGUGGGAAAAGUUUUGUUACACGAAGAGACCUUCAGAUUCAUCAGCGAAUCCACACAGGGGAGAAGCCGUACAAGUGUGAGGAGUGUGGGAAAUGCUUCUCCAGAAAUGACCACCUUGGAAGCCAUAAGAGGGUCCACACAGGAGAGAAGCCAUACAGAUGCGUAGAAUGUGGGAAAUCUUUUGCUCAUAAGGGAGUCCUUUGGACACAUCAUAAAACCCACACAGGGGAGAAGCCAUAUCAGUGCAACGAAUGUGGAAGUUUUUAUCGUACCUCAUCAGCCCUUAAAAGACAUGUGAAAACUCACACAGGGGAAAAACACUACAAAUGUUUGGACUGUGGGAAAGCAUUUGCUGAUUCAUCUUCCCUUAGAAGUCACAGCCGAAUCCAUACAGGAGAGAAGCCCCAUAAAUGCUCAGAGUGCAAUAAAUGUUUUUCAGAGAAACGUACUCUUUUGAAGCAUCAGCAAAUCCAUACUGGAGAAAUACCCUAUAAAUGUGAGGAAUGUGACUUAUGCUUUGGUCACAAGUCAAGCCUUCUUACACAUCAGAAAAUCCAUACUGGAGACAAACUUUAUCAAUGUAUGGAAUGUGGGAAAUCUUUCAGCAGAAAUUGCAUUCUCAGACAGCAUGAGAUGAUUCACACAGGGGAGAAACCUUACAAGUGUUGGGAAUGUGGGAAGAGUUUUUCUCAGAAGGCAAAUCUUUUGGCCCAUGAGAAGAUCCAUGCAGGAAUAAAGUCUUACAAAUGCUUUGAGUGUGGAAAAUGUUUCAACCAGAGUGCAGGUCUUUGGAGUCAUGUGAAAAUACACAUAGGGGAGAAAAAUGAAAAGUGCCUCGAAUGUGGGAAAUGUUUUACCUGGAAAUCAAACCUGGUGCGACAUCAGAGAAUUCACACUGGAGAGAAACCCUUUGAAUGCCCAGAAUGUGGGAAACGAUUUAUGGUUUCUGCUAACCUUAAGAGACACCAGAUGCGUCACAAAGGAGAGAAACCCUAUGAAUGUGGGGAGUGUGGGAAAUGUUUUGUUACACGAACUGAGGUUCAGAGUCAUGAGAGAAUCCACACAGGGGAGAAGCCGUACAAGUGUGGGGAGUGUGGGAAAUGCUUCUCCCAAAAACAAAACCUUGUAAGCCAUCAGAGGCUCCACACAGGAGAGAAGCCAUACAGAUGCAUAGAAUGUGGAAAAUCUUUUGCUCAAAGUGGAGCCCUUUGGAGACAUCAUAAAACCCACACAGGGGAGAAGCCACAUCCAUGCAACGAAUGUGGAAGAUUUUAUCGUACCUCAUCAGCCCUUAGACGUCAUGUGAAAACUCACACGGGGGAAAAAAACUGCAAAUGUUUGGACUGUGGGAAAGCAUUUGCUCAGUUAUUUCACCUUAGAAGACACAGCCGAAUCCAUACAGGAGAGAAGCCCUAUAAAUGCCAAGAGUGCGAUAAAUGUUUUUCUCAGAAACGUACUCUCUUAAAGCAUCAGCGAAUCCACACUGGAGAAAAACCAUAUAAAUGUCUGGAAUGUGGGAAAUGUUUUGCCCAACCUUCAGCACUUCGGAUGCACACCAGACAUCACACAGGAGAGUGGCCUUACAAUUGUGCAGAGUGUGAGAAACCUUUUCACAGCAAAUCAAAGCUAAAAAUACAUUAGAAAGUCCAUAGCAGAUAAAUAUCUUCAGCGGUGAAGAACAUUGGAAACUUUUUUUUAAAGACCCAUCUUAUAAUUCAGCCGGAACUUCACAGAGUGAUAGAAGGGAAUUCCUAUGAAUGUUUGGCCUGGGGGAAAUGUUUUUGCUAGGGAAACAACUUCAAAUUCUCUGAGAAUUACACAAUGAGGGAAAAGGCCAUAAAUAUUCGGAGUGUGAGGAUGUUUUGCUCUGAAAACAGCAUUAAUAUAUUACCAGAGUGAUUACACAAAAGAUAUCAAUUCAUGAGGAGUAUAUAUAAUGUUUUGCAGAAUACAGAUAAUUCCCGGUUUGCAACCACAACUGGAAAUGGAUUUCUGGUUGUAAGUCAUAAAUCAAGGGACCCAGAUAUUAUUUUUUACUAGAGCUUUGUUGAUCAAUGAAGAGAAUUGAAGAUUUAGAGAGGAGAAAGUGGGGUGAGGGCUGGAGUGAAGAUGCAUCUGAUGGCUUAUUUAGUGAUAAAGCCAUGUUGAAUAUGCUGGCUCAGGAUGAAGAAGAAAAGAUUAUUUCUUUACUAUCUUUUGGGGAAGGUUCUUUUUCCUUUUAUCACAUUAUCUUUGUCAUAUGUGCACAUACUUACAUGCUGUACACAGUCAUACAUAAACAUUUUAUAUAGAUUUCCCUUAGAAGUAGUUCCCAUUGUCAACUUACAGUUUCUUUCCCACAGUUUUUUGCCAUUUGUCUAGUUCUAUAGUUAUCCAAAAAAAAAUUCCCCAUUCUAUCAUUGUCUCUUUUACCUGUUCAUCUUCCAUUUUAGGCUUAACCAAAAAAUGUAUAUUUUCUUUAUUAUCUUUUCAUCUACCGCUAACAUUAUUUGAUCAAAUAUUGUUUGUUCUUUAUAGAAACCAUAAGUCUUAAUAUCUUUAUAUCUCGAUGGUAUUUGCAUAUGUGGCCACCAUGGUAGGUCCACACCUUGAUUCUGUAACUCGUUGGGUUUUUAAGUUUCCCUUCCACAUUCAAGAUAUAUUUAUAUGUUAACUUUUGUUAGAGAUUUACUACAUUUGGAUGGAUAAAUGCUUCCAUUGUUGAGGGCCAUACUGGUAUUUCCCUGUAAAUGUUUCCUUCCACCUUUUCCCAUACUAGGAGCAGAGCAUUUCUUAUCUGAUGUCUUUGGAAAAUCUUUGGAGUUUUAUUUUUAUCAUACCAUAAAAAGGCGUGCCAUCCUAAUUGGAGAUCGUGGCCUUCUAAAAACAGUAACCUUCUGAAUCUAAGAGUUAUCCAGUCUCUCACCCAUGUUAAUGCAGAAGCUUGAUAAUAAAGCUCCCAAUCUGGUAACGUGAACCCCCCCAUUGUUUUUAUAUACUUGCAACAUUUUCAAUCUUAUUCUUGCUUUUUUCCCUUGCCAAACAUAUUUCAGAAUUAUUGUGUUUAGCUCAUCAAAGUAUUUCCCCCCCCCCCCCUAUUUUUAUGGGGAUUGUUUGGAAUAGAAAAAGUAGCCUCGGCAAAAUCUUCAUUUGUAUAGUUGCAAUCCUUCCUACCAUUGAUAUCUGCAAAUUUUUACAUUUUUCCAAGUCCGCUUUGAUUUGUUGGAGUGGUCGUGUAUAAUUAUCUUCUUUGAUUGUUACACAUCUUGCUGUUAAAUAUAUUCCCAAGUGGAGUUGCAUUAUAUAUAAGAAAUAAUUACCUCUCUACAGAAAUAGAGCACAACAAU